AUGAGCGGCGAAUUCAGAGAUGUACCAUCCUUUCAACCAUGGGGCCCUUUCAUCUCAGAUAGUUACGAGAACGAGCCUAUCACCAAAUCAGAUAUCAUCAUCGCCUCCGUGGUGUGGGCGCUGACACUGAUCAAUGUCAUCGUAGCCCUAUGGCUUAUACAAAAACAAACACGAGGAUCUCGAUCACCACUGAGGAGUGUGUACAUCUGGAUGAUAUGGCUGGAACUUAUCGUUUCGUUCGUGAUGGGACUUGAGAGUUUCCUGCACUUGUUGAAGUACAUCAGACCAAGUUUCGCAUUUUACUUCACGAUCCUCUUCUGGUGGUGUAUUCAGGUUCAGCUUCUGUUGCAGAUUAUCAUCAACCGUAUUCGUGUCAUCGUACCUGACCGAAAGCGGUCGAGGUGGAUCAUGAUCACCACUGCCGUCUUCGUCACCGCCAUCAACAUCAGCGUGUUCAACAUCUGGAUUCCAGCACGGUUACAGAUUAACUCAACGUAUCAUCUUGUCAAUGAGUACUGGGACCGAAUCGAGAAAGGUCUUUACCUUCUUGUCGAUGCAGCGUUGAACUGGUAUUUCUUGAAGACUGUCAAGGAGAAUCUCAUCAACAACGGCCUCACCAAGUACAACAAGCUUGUUCGCUUCAACCAGCAGAUUGUCAUGGUAUCACUUCUUAUGGACGUCAUGAUCAUUGCUGCGAUGUCGAUACCAAACUCUUUUGUAUACAUUCAAUUCCACCCACUUGCCUACCUGGUUAAACUCAACAUCGAGAUGACAAUGGCCAACCUCAUCAAGCGCAUCGCAAUCUCCACAUCACGCAAAACCGGCAUGGCAUCUAUUGCGCAAGAGUUCAAAUCCUCGUCCAACCAAUCCACAUCCGGCCAGCGCACUGGCGGCACAGUUCCCCACAAAUCGCGCGGCUCAGUCCACGAGCUCGCGAGCUUCGCUUCCUAUACUGUCGAUACGAAAGCGACAAGCGACCAAGACCAGCAUCGUGUCGUCAGCUUUGCCCCCACAGGAAAUCAAAUCAAAGAGACAAGGGAAGUCAUCGUGCAUACUGAACCAAAUCCACACUACGAGCGCAGAGGCUCUGAAGUGGAGAUCUCAGGGGGUCAUGGGAGGAGACAAUCGCACGGCGUGGUGAUUGAAGAAAGAGGACUGCCCAGGCAAAAGAGCCUGGAGAGCAUAACCGAAGGCAAUGAGAGUAUGAGGAGUGGCUUGACGCCGAAGCGGCUAGUGGACGAUAGUGAUGACGAGGCGGCGCUCGUGCAGCAAAAGAGCUGGGGAUGGCCGAGACGACCGAGCUGA